UUCAGUUCUUUUCCAUCCUUCUCUUGCAUCUCAUAUCUACACCAUGUUCUCAACAGCAGCAAGCCCGUACGAUGAUCUCGUCAUCAAAGCCACAGACGAGAACCUCGCUUCAGAGGACUGGGCUCUCAACAUGGACGUAUGCGACAAGGUCUCUAGCGAUGGCCAGAACGGGGCUCGACAGGCCGUCACCGCAUUACAGAAGCGACUGUCCCACCGGAACCCAAACGUCCAAAUCUACGCUCUUGAACUCGCCAACUCACUCGCUCAGAACUGCGGUAAAGACCUCCUCGGCGAGCUCUCCUCUCGCAACUGGACCAGCGCGCUCGACAGGCUCAUCAAUGACCGGGCUACGUCGACUCCGGUAAAGAAGAAGGCUUUGUCAUUUGUCAAGAGCUGGGCAAAGCAGAUCGAGGAGACGGGUGAUCCCAAUCUGGGCCUUAUGGGGGAACUCUAUGACCAACUGAGAGCAAAGAACCACGUUUUUGAUGAGCCCGAGCCAACCCCGGAGAGUGCAGAGGAAGUUCGGCGCAGACAAGAAGAGGAAGAGCUCCAGCGGGUCCUAGAGUUGUCCAAGCAAGACAAGGGCGGUCGGUCUUUAUUCACUUAUCAACCCUCUGGUUCCGCCGGCGCUUCAUCGUCUUCGGCAGCAAACAACAAUACCUCUCCUUCUAUCCCGCAAUCCCAAGCCCAACCUCUUGCUCAAGAUCAAGCCCAAUCCCAGGCUGCACCGCAAGUCACAGGCUACGCUCCUCAGCCACAAAAGAUAUAUUCGCCUCAACCUCUUGAACCGGAACCUCCAAGGGUAGAUCUCAACACUGCCACCCGUGUACGCGCCAUCUACCCGUUCACAGGUCAAGAAGUUGGUGAGCUCGAUUUCGAGAGAGGUGAUGUGAUCAAGGUGUUGGAUAGGGGGUUCAAGGAGUGGUGGAGGGGAGCUUGUAACGGCAAGAUUGGUAUAUUCCCUGUGACGUAUGUUGAGGCACUUCCAGAGCCUACACCGAAAGAAUUGCAAGAAAAGGCGCAAGAAGAAGCUAGAGUAUUUGCUUCUCUCGGUCUCGUCGAUCAGUUAUUGCAGACCCUCAAGGGUAUCGAUCCCGCCCGCGGCGAUAAGCUAGAUGACCAUCCAGAGAUUGAAGAGAUGUACCAGGCGAGCGUGGCCUUGCAAGGCCAGAUUAAUACUUUGAUCAAAAAGUAUUCCGAUCAAAAGGCCGAGCUUGAGCAUAUGAAUGCCAACUUUAUCCGUGCAAUGGGUCAGUAUGAAGAGUUGAGGAAUGGUCCGCCUCUUGUACAAGCGCAACCUUUCGGAUACGUCCCCCCCCAGCCGCAGCCCCUGCUCCAACAGCAAAACUCUUAUUCUUACCAACAAUACCCCCAGCAGCCGCAACAACAGCCGCAGCCUUAUGCCCAAGCACCCUAUGCCCAGCAAGCUCAACCCCAGCUUCAACCGGAGCAAUAUGCUCAACAAACACCAUCUCCCGCUGCUCAAUCCCAAGCGUCAUAUACCGCCCAGCAGCAGCCCUACCCUGCCCAAGUCCAGCAGGAUCCUGCUGCAGCCUCACCCCCUCCCAACCAGCCGUUUUACCACCACGGCGGCAGUACGACUUCAGUCAACCGUAUUCCUUCUGCCCAGACCGCUGUCCAACCUCAACCACAUGGUGCGCCCUCUUUCCCACCAAGCAGUCCCCCAACGAGACAAGUUACUGAGCCUGGAGUAGCAGGUCUCGGUGCUGGGGAUCAACAGGCGUGGGAUCAGUAUUACCAGCAGCACGGACAGCAAGCCCCUCACUCUUCUCAACACCCUUCCCAGCCCCAGUCUCAGCCCCAGUCUCAGCCCCAGUCUCAGCCCCAGUCUCAGCAAGGAUCGUACUAUCCCGCCCAUGCGCAGGCCCAAGGGUAUCAAGCUGCAUAUGCGACAGUGCCCGAUGGUAGAGCAUAUGCCUCGCCGCCGCUUCCUGGUACGCAGCAAGGUCAAGGGGUGGAAGGUGUGACAGCCGGAAUGGAUAGAAUGAGUGUACAUGCGCCUUGAGGAUGAGGAAUUGGGUGCUUAGGGUUGAGGUUGGUUCUGUGGUUUUUUAGUUAAUGAUGAAAGGAUAUUUGAGGUCUUGUGAAACGUGGAUCAAGCCUUGUUGAAGGAUCUGGUCCAACUGUUAGAUGAAUACCGGUGCAUA